CAUCUCAUAAACAAAAAUAUUCUCUGUCGCACAGUGCCGUAUAACUCGCUAGUACUUCGCUCUGUCAGAAUUGUGCCAACUCCUCCGGCUUUACAAAUAUGAUAAGGCAGCAGCAGUAGCGUGGCGGUAAUGGUUAACCAGAUAAUUUCGUAUUUGGGCGGGAGUUGACCUGUCUUUCCGCCUUUCAACAAGCAGAUAUUCAUUUUUGUGAGGACGUACCAUGGAGGAAACGUUGCAGCAGGAGGUUGAAUAUAAAAGCCAGAAUGAAGAAGAGCAAGGUGGGAUCCGUCGCCGACUGAGAGACAGAGAACUUCUCAAAAGGAGGCGAGCCGAAGCAGAGGAGAAGGAGACUUACCAGUGGGUUUUAGGGUCGGAGAGUCCGAAGAAAAGACAGAGAUCUGAACAGAGAAGAGGUACAAAGAGGAGGGGGAGACCCAGGAAGACGGAACGUCUGGAAGGCGAGCUUGUUGAUCCCGAAGCUCCUGCUGUCGUGGUUUUUCCACAAUCAGUAGAGGCGAUAACAGAAUCAGCAUUGGACAGCGGAAAUCUGGAGCCAGUCUCGACAUGGUUGCCAAACCCUGUCCUUACUCCGGAUCCCAACGUAGAGCUCGUAUCACCUGCAGAUCUAGUUCCGUCUACUGUCACAGUUCCUGAAGCUCCAAUUCAAGUUCCGUCCACCGCUGCAGAUGUUUUUACGCCUCCUACUGUGGCUCUAGCCACAGUUUCAGAUCAAACUUCAGCUCCAGAUAUUGCUCUGCCUCCCGCUACAGAGCUUUCAGAUGUGUCCACCUCUCAGGAACAGGCUUUAGCUCCGGAUUCAGAUCUUAUUCCGUCUCCUACUGCUUUUCCUCUUGCUCCUGGCCAAGAUCUGUCUCCAGCUCUCACUUCAGUUCCAGAUCUAGUUCUGCCGCCCACUUCAGCUUCUCCAACGUCUGAACUCUCCACAGCUUCAGUUCAGAAUUUAGCUCCAGAUCUCAUUCCAGCUUCAGCACCGGAUGUUGUUCUUGUCCCCACUCCAUCCGAAGUUCCAGUUUCAGAAGAAGUAAAAGCUCCUUUGAGCAUCCCUCAGCAGUUGGAGAACCUGUCCACAGAGUCUCAAGACAGGGAAAACAGCGACUUGGUCAAUAUUGAAGAUUCGGGCCCAGACGAGCUGAAAAAGGAUGCUCCUCCAAUUCAGGAUAAAAUAUCUAAUGAAGAUACGAGUGAAUACCCGUCAAACAACGAGCCGGAACAAAAUAAGACGUCCACAAUUCCGUUGCCUCAAAUCUACCUCCCAGGAAAUCAAUUCUGAUUCACUUCAACCAUGAUUCAGACACUGAUUCACGACCCCGACGGGCUAUUUUUUUAAUUGUUGUGUUGUUUGCUUCAGUAUUACUUUAGUUCCAAAUAAGCAAUUUUCCGCUUCCCUUUUUAAACAAUGACUUUAUCGCCCUUGCCCUGGGUUAUUUUUAUAAUUUUAUUCAUCUCAAGCAGCAAUAUCAUUGUAAAUGGGGAAUUUUUCGCUUGGCUUUAUAAACACUUUUUCACACAAUAAAAUAUUUUGCUCAUGUCCCUGGUUUUCGGUAUUAAAUUGAUGCUCGACCUUUAAAGUGGCUGUGACUAUCAGCAGAACCUGGCAGCCACAGUAAUAGGGUGGUAGGUGGGUACCGCACUUUUUCUCUAUGGCGUGGCUCCCUGGGCGUGGCCUCCCCUCUGCCUGGGCUGCCGGCCGCGGGAGUGCGGGGAGGUCGGGGCUCCGAUCUCGCGGCGGCUCCUCGGCGUCCUCCUGCCUCCGCCUUCCCCUCUCUUCUCUGAAUGGGUAUCCGCCCUGUGCUCCAUCGCGGGUCGCUGGCUGGGCGCCGGUGUAUUGGCUGGCUGUUGCUUGCUCGGGCGGGGGACCCUGCC